AUCAGUCCGCAGAGUAGCAGAGCAGUGCCGCGCCGCCUCCAUCGAGAGGUGGCGUCCAGGCCGUCUCCUGUCUUCCAGCUGUUGUCCAGCGGGUGCUACCCGCGGCAGCACCGCCUCCAGCGCCUCCACGCCGCGGACGACGCCCACACUGACCAUGGCUUCGCUACUCAACGCCACGACCACCAUGCUCUCCGACGGCUACAACUUCUACCUGUGGACAUUGUCAAUAGCAGACAAACGCACUCGGGGAUGGCUCAUGGUGGACUCCCCGCUGCCCACCCUGGCCUACACAGUCCUCUACCUCAUCAUGGUGAUGGUGGGGCCCAAGCUCAUGAAGAACCGAAAGCCCUUCGACCUCAAGAAGGUCAUGAUCGCGUACAACCUCUCCAUGUGUGUGCUCAACGCCUUCAUCGCAGUGGAGUUGUUGGUGGCCUCAACGCGACUAAAGUAUAACUACAUCUGCCAGCCCGUGACAUUUAUCAACCACAAGGAGGAAAUUAGGAUAGCCAACGCGGUGUGGUGGUACUACAUCUCCAAGCUGUUCGAGUUCGGCGACACGCUCUUCUUCGUCUUGAGGAAGAAGGACAGACAGCUGAGCUUCUUGCACGUCUACCACCACGCCACCAUGUUCUCGCUGUGGUGGAUCGGCAUCAAAUGGGUUCCCAGUGGCUCCACUUUCCUACCCGCUAUGGUCAACAGCUUCAUCCAUGUGUUGAUGUACUCCUACUACGGCCUGGCGGCGCUGGGCCCGCACGUCGCGCGCUACCUGUGGUGGAAGAAGUACCUCACCAUCUUACAGCUGAUCCAGUUCACCGUGGCACUCAUCAUGGGGGUCAACAGCAUUCGGUCGGGCUGUGACUUCCCCAUGUGGAUGCAGUACGCGCUGGUGGUGUACAUGGUGUCCUUCAUCGUUUUGUUCGGCAACUUCUACGCCAAGGCGUACAUCAAAAAGGGGAGGGAGUCGCUGGCGUUCUACGGCGCGGCCAACAUGGCGCUGUGUCGGCCUUCCAUGGACUUGGAAGUGGAAAACAGGAAACGGCUCAACGGAAACGGACACCACAAGAAGACGCAAUAGGCAGAACCCGUACUUGCUUCAAAUCAAACUGUUUUCAAUUAAGUGAGUCCUCUGAAAAUUCACACAUCACUGCCAAGGGAUUCCAGCCAGGGCCUAUGGCCUGUGGCAAAAUGCAGGGUGCUCAAAGUAGUUAUGAAAUAUGGACUAUUUGCAAGACUAUCUGGAUUAUAU